AGGGACGCGGAGGCCGGCGCCGAGCCGUGCGCGCGCGCCUGCAGGACCAACCUGGACGAGCGCGAGUCGUACUGCGCGAGCGAAUUCGCAGUGAACGGAAUCGUGCACGAUGUGGAUGUGCUCGGCGCAGGAAUCCGGCUGGUGACUCUGCUGGUGGACCGGGACGGGCUGUACAAGAUGAACCGUCUGUACAUCACGCCGGACGGGUUUUUCUUCCGCGUCCACAUGUUAGCCCUAGACUCCUCGAGUUGCAAUAAGCCAUGUCCAGAACUUAAACCUGGCAGCAGGUACAUCGUCAUGGGCCACAUCUACCAUAAGAGACGGCAGCUCCCUGCAGCUCUGCUCCAGGUCCUGAGAGGGCGCCUCCGUCCAGGGGAUGGACUGCUCAGGAGCAGCAGCAGCUACGUGAAAAGGUUUAACCGAAAAAGGGAAGGGCAAGUUCAAGGUGCGGUUCAUACCCAAUGCAUCUGAAACGCCCCACCUGGCAUUUCUGGAUCACAAAAGAGACUUGGAAUUCAGCAAGGGGGAUGUGAAAGGUCUAUCUUCAUCUAAGAGGGUCUUCCUUUAGAAGAGGGCCCAUAGCUCCUUCGUGGGUGAGCUGCAUAGUUCCAACUCUAAUCUUGGAGGUGUCACUAUCUUAUUUACAAAAUGCUUCUUAAUGGUAUUCUGAGCUCAGUGGCAAGGUUAUGCAACUGUAGUGCCAGUGAUUCCUACAGCUCAGACAAUUGACCUGUCCGGUUAACAGAUCACUGCUUCAUGUUAAGGUUUUAAAUUAUUUUAAUUUAAUACAUUCCGUAGUAGAAAUAGUUCACAAAAAACCAUUUUCUUAAAUUUAAAUAUACAACUCUGAAUAGUUUAUAUAAUGUAUCAAACCAAAUUUUAUACUCAAACCAUCACAUUUUAAAUUCUGUACAGAACAGUAAGUGCGCUAGUCAAAAGCCAUUCACGUAAGAAAUGUCAUUUAGAUCCAACACUAGGGUCAGAGCCCAGGACAAGUGUUAACAUUUUACAUUUAAAGAAUACUUAAGACCUUAAUUCAAGCAAAAGAGUUCCUGAUGUACCAAAAUGUAUGAUAAAGCAAUGAUUAUUCUCAUGCCUCCCUGCUCCGUUAGUAACUUCUGUUUUGUGCCGAACUGGCAAUUAUCCCAGUGCUCUACGGAUUCUGGAUGUAUCUGAUGUCAUUUUUCUAUUGAGACCAAGUAUCCUGUGUCAUGUUUGUGUUUGUAAAGCAGUAAAUCUUGCCUUGAAAUCA